AAAAAAAAAAAAAAAAAGAUGGGUGCAAUUGGAGCCGCAAUUGCUGAUGGCGUGUUGACUUUCAUGUGGGUUUUCUGUGCUUCAUCCCUCGGAGUUCUCACUUCCUUAAUCGCCACCGCUUUCGGUGUCGCCAGCACUCAGUGGUUAGCCACGCUGUUCAUCACCACUUGUCUCGUUUUCGUGUUCCUCUUCAUAUUUGGGAUCAUCGGAGAUGCUAUGGGCGGCGCCACCUUCAACCCCACGGCGACGGCGGCUUUUCACGCCGUCGGUGUUGGUGGGCCCAACUCCCUCUUCGCCACGGCCCUCCGUUUCCCCGCUCAGGCCGCCGGAGCUGUCGGCGGCGCUCUGGCUAUCAAGGAGUUCAUGCCGCCGGAGUACAAGCACAUGCUCGGCGGGCCGACCUUGAAAGUUGACCUGCACACCGGUGCCGUUGCGGAGGGUGGUUUGACUUUCGUGAUCACGUUUCUGGUUCUGUUGAUAAUUCUUAGGGGUCCCAAUAGCCCGAUUGUGAAGAACUGGCUUCUUUCCAUGUCCACCGUCGCGUUGGUUGUUGCAGGGGCGGAGUACACCGGACCGUCGAUGAAUCCGGCGAAUGCUUUUGGAUGGGCGUAUUUGACUAAUGAUCAUAAUACCUGGGACCAUUUCUACGUCUACUGGAUUUGUCCGUUCGUCGGAGCAAUUUUAGCUGCUUGGGUUUUCCGAUUCGUUUUUCCUCCACCAAAAAAGCAGAAGAAAGCUUGAAAUUUUUUGGUCGUUCAGGCUGUCCUGCCGUCGGCAUAAUUCGGAGUUCUUUUCACUUUUGUAGGGUAGGAAGUUUUACUAUUUUCAUGAUCAGCAUCAUCAUCACAUGGGUUGUUCAUAUAUUUAGGAGUUUUUUUCUCAAAUUUGGUUGUGUAAAUUGUAGGAAGAUUAUGCUUAAAUUGGUAAUGCCCAAAUAAUUUCAAAUUUCUCUUUAAAAAUUUUGCUUGAG